AAUGCGGUGCAUUGUGGGAGCUCCUUCCUUUCUCGGUCCCCGGCCAUCUUGAGCUGUACCUCUGGUCCGGGUUCCCCACGUUGCGAACAUGGUGGCCGCCAAGAAAACGAAAAAGUCCCUGGAGUCUAUUAACUCACGGCUUCAGCUUGUUAUGAAAAGCGGUAAAUAUGUCCUUGGAUACAAGCAGACAUUGAAAAGAAUCCGCGAGGGCAAGGCUAAGCUCGUCAUUCUUGCCAACAACUGCCCCGCUCUGAGAAAAUCAGAGAUUGAAUACUAUGCAAUGUUGGCAAAGACCGGAGUCCACCACUACAGCGGCAACAACAUUGAACUUGGUACAGCCUGCGGUAAAUACUACAGAGUGUGCACACUGGCGAUCAUUGAUCCAGGUGAUUCCGACAUCAUUAGAAGCAUGCCAGAACAGCAGCCCAUUGAGAAGUAAAUUUCUUCAUCAAAUUGUUAAUAAAUAUCUGGUUUCCCA